AUGUCUCGAACACUCUUCUUUUCCCUUCUAACCGCACUUUUCUCCCUCCCAUCCGUCCAUUCUCAAUGGGGUUCCUACGGCGGCGGGUAUGCUGGCCCUGGAGGCUACGGAUACGGUGCAACUUACAGCCAGCCUGGUAGUGGGUAUGGCCAGAGCAUGGGAGGGGGUUACGGUCAACCCAGCGGGGGCUACGGUCCGAAUGUUCAACGUUCUGGUGGCUACGGCUCUAAUGUCCAGUCUGGCGGCGGCUACGACCAUGUUGAUGCCAGAACCGGCUAUAAUGGCAACACCGGAGGCUAUGGAAGCCAUAUUGGAGCCGGCCAAGAUGAACGGUGGGCAGGCUCAAGUCAAGGAACCUACAGAAGCGGUGGUUAUGGUUAUCGUGGUGACGACUACAGAGGUCAAGGCUAUCAAGGGGCUUCUUCAUCAGCGUCACUGGGCGGUCAAGGCUACAAUACUGGGCACGUUGACGGAAGAUUUGGAGGACAACACGGUUUGGACAGCCGCGCUGGAGCCGUUGGAAGCUCGUUUGACCGAUCAGCAGCAGAAGGAGCUGGAGGAUCUUUUGGAAGCUCUGUAUCAACCACUUUUGAACGGACGACUUCAACCGGGGGAAUUGGUGGCUCGGCAGAUAGAUUUGGUUCAUCAACUGGAGCCAUUGGGUCCUCAUUUGAUCGGUCGGCCAGCGUGGGUGCUGAUGGAGCCUCUGUAGCUGCUGGAUCAUUCAAUGGAGCCUCUGGUUCUAUCGAUUCCUCAAGAUUCUCCGGGGUUGAUAUCGGCACAAAUGGAGGAUCUUCAAGUUCUUCUUCAUUUGGCGGCUCCAGCUUUUCAGCCGAUGCUCCAGUGGCAACAGGAUCUUCGGGAAGUCAAAUUGAAGUCACUGGAACCUCCGAGACGGACUCUGGAGCUGCUGGGUCCUCGUCAACGUCCUUUGAACGCACUGAAUUUACCAAAACUUCGAGUUCCAGCAGCUCUUCUGGCUCUUCCUCCGCCGGGCUACCUCCUCGAAUGGAUGGAAUUGCUCCGGACGCCGGCUCAGGCGCUGGAUUGGACGUCGAAAAAAGCUCACACGGCGUGAGUGUUGCCGAACGAACUGGCAGUGGAUUUGAUGACAAACAAGUGAGAAGAGAAAGAGCCAAUUUGUAA